ACUCCAGAGGCGCCGGCUGAGGUCUGAGGUGCCGGUUCGGGCUGGGUGAGGCCGCCGCGCCCGCCGAGGGCGCUCCAGACCAAUCCUCCUGCGCAGUCGCGCGCCGCCGGUGCUCCUCUAGCCGCAGAGAGGUGGCGCAGUGCAUGUCGGGAAGGCGGUGGGCAGGUCCGGCCCUUAGCGGUGGAGGGCGCCAUGGUGGGUGGCGAGGCUGCCGCUGCCGUGGAAGAGCUAAUCUCGGGUGUGCGGCGAGCGACUGACUUCGCUGAGCAGUUCCGCUCCUACUCGGAGAGCGAGAAGCAAUGGAAGGCCCGCAUGGAAUUCAUCCUGCGCCAUCUGCCCGACUACCGCGAUCCACCCGACGGUGGCGGCCGCCUGGACCAGCUGCUCUCCCUCUCCAUGGUCUGGGCCAACCACCUCUUCCUGGGUUGCAGUUACAACAAAGACCUUUUAGACAAGGUGAUGGAAAUGGCUGAUGGGAUUGAAGUGGAAGACCUGCCACAGUUUACUACCAGAGGUGAAUUCAUGAAAAAGAAAUAGAACCAGCCAGAAGAGCUGUGUCUGACCCUACAGGCCAGUCUGUUGCCCAGCAUGAGUGAAUCACCUACCAACACGAGUGUCAAAGACCAGACUUGAAACAGCCAAAGCCAGGGGCAGCUCUGCUGCUACUCCAGUCUUGGUCUGUCCUGUUGGAAAUUGAAGAGAGGGCUUACCGGAUUCUCUUUCCCUUUGGAAUAAAGAUGGUUUCUUUAGGUGGUAACUGCAUUUUCCUCAAAGGAGAAAGACCUCUUAUAUUUUGCUCUUGCUGAGGAAUUUUGCUUCUUCACUUCUCAAAGACUGAUAUGACAGGCUUAAGCCAGGAAAUAGGUCAUACCUUGAAAACUGAUUGCUAAAAAGACUCUGAUUGACUCACUUGCACUGCUAAAUGUUAAGGAAAUCCAUUCAAAUAGGUGACAGCCAAAAUGAUUUCUUCACACCCUGCUUAAGAGUUGUCUAAAGCCAAGUUUAAAUUUACCAAAGGUGCUAGAGAGUACCCAGAAAGAAUAUAUCUGCUUCAGUUCAUCACUAUUUGAAGACAUGCAUUUACAGUUUCUAAUAGUGUGAAAUUCAGAAACACAUAACCUUCACAUCUUCUAAAUAUCCUGAGUCAAUGUGAAAUGUUGUGAAUUACUACCUGGAUUCAACUGAUUUUAAUUUAGAACAAUAAAGGGUUUGUGUGAUUCUGUUUUUAGAAGCCUUCGUUGCAGAGCAUGCCAUGGAAAAAGUUAUUUUUUAAGUAUUUCUGUUAUUACUGUGAAUUGUGAACAUUAACAGAUCACAGGUGACAAAACAAAAAAUCUGCUUCCAAGUGGAUGGUAUGGUCAGUGUUUUGCUCUAUCUUCUGUACAUAGUAAACUCUUAAUAAUUUCUGAGUCUACUUACAUACCAUCUGGGUAGGACAUAAAAUUUGUAUCACUGCUGUAUUUUUACUUAUGAAUUUGAGUCAUUAGACUACAUGGCUACUAACUUUUUCUUUUUUU